AGGUGGUUGGACAAGGCUGCGAUUGUAAUACCUACACAAACCCUAGAUGAACAGUGGUGGAGACUUUGCAGGGUGACACGAGUGGAAGAGACUAAAGCCGUCGUGCGCACGAUUCCCGUAUGGCUGACUUUCAUCUUAUGUGGUGUCGUUUCAGCCACUCCACUCACCUACUUCGUGGCCCAAUUAGAUCACAUGAACCCCAAAGUAGGGCGUGUCAAAGUUCACAUUGUAGUAUUUAUUAUGCCCUACAUAAUAUUCGUAAAUGUAUGUGGGAGAUGUUAUCGUAAGGUUACAAAGUCUUUCUCCGGAUCAAGGUUACAAAUGUCCAGUUUUGUUGGGAUUAUUACAUCAAUGAUAAUCGGUAUACUUUGCUUCAUAACUGCUGCGAAAGUGGAGAGUCGAAGGCUUGGAGUGGUUCGAAGUCACGGCUUAGUCGAUAAACCCGAUGAAACGGUGCCUAUGAAUAUGUUUUGGUUGCUUCCUCAGUUUCUUUUGGCCGGGAUUUUUGAGGGGAUUUUGAAAAAAAGUGUAGUAUUAUUCUUCAAGGAUAAUAUCCCGGUCUUUAUGGAGAAGUUCUUGCCACAUCUCGUUGAUUGUGUGUACGGUGUCGGGUUUAUGGGAAAUAUUCUGUCGGUGCAUGUUUUGGGGAAGAUAAGUGAAAGAGGAGGGAAAAUGAACUGGUUUCAACUCGAUAUCAAUCAAAGUAGAGUCGAUAAGUAUUACUGGACUUUGUCUUGGCUUAUGGCUGUCAAUCUUGUAAUGUUUGUAGUGGCGGCAAUUUCGUAUUGUGUCAAGGAACUUGAUGUGAAGAAGGAACAAGCUGCUGCUGCUGCUGCAGUACAAUCUGCAGGCGGCGGGAUUCGAUUUAUCCAUCUGGUUAAUCUGGUCAACUCUCAGUCUAGGCUGUAAACAAGUCAGCCGUAUAGCUGCAGCGCCUAUGUUCGGGAUAGCGGCAUCGAUGAUACUCGCGAUACUUUGUUGCAUAACUGCCGCUAAAGUGGUUGUAGGGUAUCAAACUGCCCAGCUCCAUAAAGCCUAGAUUAAUAUAAGUUCCCCUUGAGCAGUAUUGAUUACUGCCAAGGAGAAUAUAUAUACUUAUGUAUAACAGAAAGAUAGAGAUAAAAUGUGAAUAAAUUGAAAGAUAAAUAGAUUGAGAAUAUCAGCUCAGUCUUCCAAUUUUCAC